AUGUCUAAGUCACCUACAUUAUUUUCUUCUGAUGACGAAGACGAAGAGCGUGAAUUAGAAGAAAAGUUACUGAAAAAGUUCCAAAAAAUGCUACAUGGAAUACCGCCACCGUCUACAAUUACCUUAUCCAAACUUACUGCUUCUGAAAUUUUAGCAAAGUACAAAGAAAAUAUAAAUCUUAUAGGUACAAAUGAAACUACCUUCAAGUCGUCCAGAAGGAACCAAAAUAAAACUCCAUUAGUUUAUUAUCAUAACUCUUCUAAAGUCUCAGAAGAUAUAGCCUAUCUUUCUCAAAAAGUUGUUUCACGCUAUGUAUAUUUUGAAACAAUGUCAUCUUGCAAUAUUUGGUUUGAUUCAUCAUUACCAAAAAAUAAUGUUUUACAACAACAAUCUAGAAAAUAUGUAAAUGGAAAAUCUCCUGGUAGCAGACUAAGUCAUUUAGCCAAGAAAAAAAGAUUAUUUUCUUUGGAAAAUUUACAAAAAUUAGAAGAUUCUAGUAAAAAACACAUAAUCGAAAUCGAAAAACCAAACAUGAACAAAAGGAGUUUCAUUAGUAAUUGUAUGGUAGAAUUUGAAAAAAGGAAUUCUUUUAAGAAAGCAUUGUUUGUUAAUUCCGAUGAUGAUGAUGAUGAGAAAGAAGAAGGACCAAAACCCAAGAGAUUUUUUUCUAGUCAGCAAGAAAUAAUAUCAAAUAAAACAAUGCCAAUCAACAAUUACAGACAAAAUUGGUUUUCUCAAUUUGAUAACAGCCCAAAUAUAUUAGAAAGAAGAAGACCAAAUAGAAUCAAAAGAUAA